GGCGUAGGGUACAAAGUGCGGCAAAAGAGAUGGGCUGCGAAAGGUGUGGACACGCUUCAUGGUCAAGAAUACGAAGGACCUGCCAGGACCCAUGAGGAGCUCAGUAGGAGGACAGAUAAGGAGCACGAAUGCUAUUGGCACGUCACCAAGCAUUCUGAUAUGCGAAUACAGGGCGGUUGACGAUGUUGAGACCGGAACGCAUUCGCGGUGGUCUCAAGUGGUCAUGGGCUAUCGCCAAUGCCGACGCAGACCUACUCACUCUCGAGAAGACGGCCGACUCUGGCAGAAAUCUUGCCAAAAUUCCCCGCUUGGAGAGGAUCUAUGGAGCAAAAGUCAUGAAGGCCAGAGAGAGUUUGGGCUUGUCACCCAAGCCUGAUGCUAAUGGUCCCCCAGGAUUGAGAGCUUCUGCAGCUGAAAUCUCCGCUGCUGUUGAGGCCGCUGCUGAGGCUGAAAGAGCUGCCAAGAUCGCUGCAGAACAAGCAGCUCAAGCAUCGCUGGCCGCAGAGGAUCCAGAAGAGCGGCGCGGGAACGAGGGAGAAGUCGAGGAAUUUGAAGAAAGCCCGGAAGAGUCCAAACAGGUUGAAGAGCCCAAAGAAGAGGCAAACCAGAAUAGCAUCAGGCACAAGAUCGAGCAAGAGGAGGAGCGACAAAAGAAGAAGAAGGGAUUCAAGUUCUGGUAAUCACCUCGGCAGCUUGUCAGAUGUGCACCUUGACCCUUCGCAAUGCAUCAAGUAGGGAUCAAAACCCGGCUCGGACCGAUUUGCGAUGAGCCAUCAUCAGCGUUGGCUCACUCGUCAAGAGCUUCAGGCAUUGCAAAGCUUCACAAGAGCUCGAAUUUGACUGCUCACAGGC